GGUUGAGAUCCAUGCAUCCCUCACUGUGAGUCAUUUUCUCCACUCCUCAGGGUCUGAGCCAUCGUCCGGGCCAGGAUGAGCUGGAGUUUCCUGACCCGGCUCCUGGAGGAAAUCAACAACCACUCAACCUUUGUGGGCAAGGUCUGGCUCACCGUCCUCAUCGUCUUCCGCAUCGUGCUGACUGCUGUGGGUGGGGAGUCCAUUUACUAUGAUGAGCAGAGCAAGUUUGUGUGUAACACGCAGCAGCCGGGCUGCGAGAACGUCUGCUAUGAUGCCUUCGCGCCCCUGUCCCAUGUCCGCUUCUGGAUCUUCCAGAUCAUCAUGGUGGCCACGCCCUCUGUCAUGUACCUGGGUUUCGCCAUGCACCGCCUUGCCCGCGGGCCGGAGGCCCACCGGCAGGGGGCUGGAGGCCAGGGGGGGCGCAUGCCUGUGGUGCGGCGGGGCGCCGGGCGGGACUACGAGGAGGCAGAGGAGGAUAACGAGGAGGAUCCCAUGAUCUUCGAGGAGAUCGAGGUGGAGAAGGAGAAGGGCGGGGAGAGAGGCGAGAAACACGACGGGCGCCGGCGGAUCCGCCAGGAUGGGCUGAUGAAGGCCUAUGUGCUGCAGCUGUUGUGCCGCUCGGUGCUGGAGGUGGCCUUCCUCUUCGGGCAGUACGUGCUGUACCGCUUCGAGGUGAGCCCCUCCUACGUGUGCAACCGCAGCCCGUGCCCGCACAUAGUCGACUGCUUUGUCUCCCGGCCCACCGAGAAGACCGUCUUCCUGCUCAUCAUGUACGCGGUCAGUGGGCUCUGCCUCUUCCUCAAUCUCCUCGAGCUCUGUCACCUGGGGGUUGGCCGCAUCCGGGACUUGCUGCACCAGGGCAGCGACAGCCCAAGCCCCUACGACAGCCACUCUGGGCCGCACUAUGCCAAGAAGGCCCCCAGCGCGCCUCCCACCUACCACUCGCUGAAGAAAGAACCCCCCAAGGGCCAGCUGGCCAACGGGAAGCUGGACCACAGCGAGAACCUGGCCAGCUCUCCGACCGAGCACUGCCGCGAGCACGAGCUGGACCGGCUGCGCAAGCAUCUCCGCAUGGCCCAGGAGCACCUGGAGAUGGCCUUCCAGCUGAACCCUCCACUGGAGAUGGCCAGCCCCUCGCGCAGCAGCAGCCCUGAGGCCAACGGUCUUGCUGCUGAGCAGAACCGCCUCAACUUGGCCCACGAAAAUGAAGGGUCUGCUUGCGAGAGAACCACAGGAUUGUGAGAGGCUGGGCCCUUCAGGGCAGCUGCAGAGAUGGCGACGGAAUGGCUGGGACUGGCAAUAUGCUCAGAGAAGACUACUGGAACCUGGACAGCCUGUGCUGGGGAAACUGGCGGGGGAGACUGGACGACAUA